AUGGCACGACGAGUAGGGGGCGAAAGCUCCUCGAAAAGGAAGAUGUCCCUCAACCUGGUGGCCGGGUUCUUCCACUACCUCCGUGAUGAGCAGGAGGCAGUGCAGAAAAGGACAUUCACGAAAUGGAUCAAUUCCCACUUGGCGAAGCACGUCCCGCCUCUGGUGGUGACGGACCUGUUUGAGGACAUCAAGGAUGGUGUGAUGCUCCUGGCCCUGCUGGAGGUCCUGUCUGGACAGAAGCUGCCAUGUGAACAGGGCAAGAAGCUAAAGAGGAUCCACUGGGUCGCUAACAUCGGCACAGCUCUCAAGUUCCUUGAGGGUAGGAAGAUCAAAUUAGUGAACAUCAACUCUACAGACAUCGUGGAUGGACGACCAUCCAUCGUACUGGGUUUGGUGUGGACCAUCAUCCUCUACUUCCAGAUUGAGGAGCUAACCAUCAGCCUACCAGCACUCCAGGCCUUGUCCAGCAGCACCUCCUCAUUGGACAGCUCCACCAGCAGCACUGAGACCACCAGCCCACCUGUCAAAAAGAAACCCCUCCCACCCCUGCAGGGUGGAGCCAGAAAGGCCUUACUGAGAUGGGUUCAGCUGACAGCCACCAAAUGUCUGGGGAUUGAAGUGAAAGACUUUGGCCCCAGUUGGCGCACUGGUUUGGCAUUCUUUGCAGUUAUCAAUGCCCUCCGGCCUAAUCUCGUUGACAUGGAGCGUGUAUGGAGGAGGCCCAAUCGAGAAAAUCUGCAGGAAGCCUUCCUAUUGGCUGAGACGGAGUUUGGCAUUCCACAGCUUCUUGACCCAGAGGAUGUUGAUGUCGACAAACCAGAUGAGAAAUCUGUUAUGACAUAUGUAGCUCAGUUCCUGAAGCAUCAUCCUGACCGAAAGCAGAGCGACUCCGAGGAGCAGCCAGAGGAAGAGCAUGAUGUUGCUCCCCGCGAUAUAGAGGAAAUGUUGGAGAGAGAGCAGCGCAAGAGCCUGAGGGAGCUCAAAAUGUGGCUCGACCAGCUGGAGAGAGAUGCAGUACAGGCCCAGGAGACGGAGGGCAAUCUUUCUCAACAGUACCAGUUGUUCAAAAGUGUGCGUGUGCAGUUGGAGAUGAGGAGGCGGCAGGUGGAAGGAGCGCUGCAGUCCACUCAGAGGGACGGGAUGCUGACCGUGGAUCAGGCUCUGGUCAAGCAGGCCUGGGAGAGGGUUUCCAAUAGGCUCCUGGACUGGCAUCUUCAGCUGGACAGGUGUCUGCCAGCUCCUCUGGACACGGUGGGCGCAUGGCUGCAUGAGGCUGAAGGAGCCCUGCGACAGGAGAUUGUCGUCCAACAAGCGCAUGACGUCACGGCUACCACUGUACAUAGAGCUCUGGAACAGCACAAGGAUGUGUUGAGGAGCCUGGAAAGCCACCAGCAGGUCUUUCAGAAAAUCCACAGAGACAGAAGUGUUGACGGAGUCCCUGUUCCCGCAGACCAGCUCCAAGACAUCGCCGAGAGGAUGAACUUUGUCUCUACAUCUUCUAGCAUCCACUUGGCUAAAAUGGAAUUUUUGGAGAACAAACACCACAUGCAGGCGUUCCUCACUCUGGCUGAGUCCAAGCUCAAAUCCUGGAUCAUCAAAUAUGGCCAGCAGGAGUCCGUGGAGCUAAUGCUCAGCAAUUAUAUUUCGUUUGUGGAGAAGCAUCGUUUCUUUGAAAACUAUGAGGUGUUGUUUCAGACUCUGAAACAGUCUGCAGAGGCCUACGUCAGUGCUGACAGCUCAGCGGACGAGGGCGAGAUGGGAGUACGCAGGUUCAUGCGGGAGGUGGUGACUCAGUGGAGGAGUCUGUCCAUGGAAGUACGCAGUGUGAGGAGCAUGCUGGAGGAGGUGCUGUCCAACUGGGAGAGGUACACCGCCACUGUGGCCUCCUUACAGGCCUGGCUGGAUUUUCUUUCUGUCUUUGUUAAUGAGUCUGUGUCUCUGCAGGAGUUUUUCAGGAAUCUCAGCCACUGGAUGGAUCAGCACGCCGCCAUGAACGACGCAGGGAACUUCCUCAUUGAGACGUGUGAUGAGACCGUGUCACUGGAGCUGAAGCAGCAGCUGCUUCUUCUAAAUGGACGAUGGAGAGACCUCUUCCUCAAAGUCAAACAAUAUGCCCGUUCAGAUGAGUUGGAGAAGUGGAAAAAGGACCACCUGAAAGCUGUCUGGGCCCUGAAAGAGCUGCUGGAUACAGCAGAGUCCAAACUCAAUGCUCCCGUUCAAGUGUCUUUCCUGAACGUUAGAGCCUUUCUGCACGAUGUGGAGAAUACCAAGCAAAAGGUUGUUGCCAUGGAGACACAAUACAAGCUGGCCGCCCGCAGUGCUCAGCUCCUUGCCAAGGAUGCACCGCAGGAUGAGGCUGCCAGGGUCGUGGCAACUAUGGCAACAGCCAAAAAUCAGCUGAGCAAGGUGAGAGAGCGGUGUCCCUCCCUGGUCAGGGAGUGUCACGUCCUUCUGCCGCUGCUGGAGGAGAUGGAGAAGCACAUCAAUGCUUUUUAUCAGGCCCUGGAGCGCGCUAGUCGCAUCACUUCUGCUGCACGAGAUCCAGACUCACAGGCGCAGACUCAGCCAAAACUAAAGUGGCAGGAUUUGUUAAACCAACAGCAAAGCUGUAAACGGUGUUUGUCAGUGAUUGAGAGGAACCACCACACCCUGCAGAGGGCCGUCUCCACCAGCAAGGUGCUCCGCAACUUGGACCUGUCUUUGCUGCAGAAGAGAGUUGUAGAAAUACAGGGCUCAGCACAGGCUUUGCUGAAGGAGGUUGGGGAAUGGAGAAGGCAGGAAGAGGCCAACAACUGCCUGAGGAGGAGGUUUGAGGAAUCACGUCAAGAACUGGAGAGAGUGCUGAAGAGAGCUCAGGGCUGCUUGAGAGAGACUGGAGAUCCUGAGGAAUUACUGAAGAAACACACGGAUUUCUUUGGUCAACUGGACCAGCGGCUGCUGAGCGUGUUCUUGAAAGCAUGUGAUGAGCUGACAGACAUCCUGCCACAGGAUGAGCAACAGGGGCUGCAAGAAACUGUCCGUCGGCUGCACAAACACUGGAAGGACAUCCAGGGGGAGGUACCGUCUCACCUGCUCCGUCUGAAGGUGGAGGUGGAGCGAAGUCGAGUGGCUGUCAUCCUCCAAGACUCCAGAGCAGAGCUGGACAGAGAAAUGCAAGCUCUGUCAGCCACCUGCACCAGUGAGCACGUGAUCAAGGAGCACAGAGCUUUCUUCAGGGAGCGUAAACCUUUGACUUCGUGUGAGAAGAGGAUUAGAAACAUGGAGGAUCUGUGUCACAAGUUGCCUGACAACGACGUGGCUUAUCGAACGCUUGACUUAACCAGAAGGGGUGUAGAAGAGGUUACAGAGCAAAUCAGGAGCACCCACCUCAAACUGGAGCAGCACCCUGAUAAAUGGAAAGAGUGGAAUGAAAGAUUCUGUGAGCUUUCUGAUUGGCUCUCAUCUCAAAGAAGGCAAAUGAGGCUUUUGAGAGCGACAGCAAUAAAUUCCCGUCAUCAGGAGCAAGUGGAUGCUGCUAUUCAGGCACUGCAGGAAGCCGUGGACGCCCGAGAGGAAAGCCUGCUGUGGCUCAAGAGCCGCCUCGCUGGGCUGUCUGAGGUCAGCUCCGACCUGGAAGUCCAGAGACAGAGGACAGCUCUGGCCAAACUGUCGACUGACCUGCGAGGAGUCUUUUCUUCACUCUGUCAGAUGGGGGAGGAGGGCUCUGCUAUGUUCCAGUAUGAGGAGCUGAGGGAUGAGGUGCACGGUGCUCUGGAGGAGGUUCUGAGGGCUCGAAAGGAGGCUGAGGAGCAGAGCAGCAGGAUCCUGAAUGCUGAGGGCUUGGAGGAGGCCAAACAACUUUACCUUAUUCACCAGCAACACCUGAAACACCUGCAUGCUAACAGGAGAGAGGCUGAGCUGCUGGUGUCCCACUGCCGCCAGCUGCAGAAAGGGGAGGUGCUCAGUCAGUCUCUACGGGAGCUGGAGCGAGCUUUCAGCGAGGUCGACCGCAAAUCAGGGGUCAAGGAGCACAGCCUGCAGGCGACUCUGAGCUCUUGGCAAAAUUUUGAGGCAGAAAGAGAAGCGGUUUGGAAGUUUAUCAGCAAUACCAACAACGAGCUGCACAAAGAGCUGAUUUUUAACAGCCUGGACAGCCUGAGAACCGAGCAGCAGCACAACAAGGAAAUCCUCACAAAGGUUCUGGAGUAUUCUGUACGAGCAGAUCUGCUCUUGGAGAAGGCAGCAGAUAUUGAGCUCGGUCCGAAGAAUCAGACUCUUCUUCUGCAGCAGGCUCAGUCCACCAGAGAAGCAGUCACACAGCUUCAGGACCAUCUCAACAGGAAUGUUGUCCAGCUGGAGAUCAUGUGUGUGCAGUGGGAGCGCUUCAGCAGCAAACUGGAGGCCUUCUUUCUGUGGAUCAAUGAGAAAGAGAAGGAGCUGGAGGCUGUCAGCACCUCCUCCUCCUCAGAUCCUCCAGACAAACACAUCAACACUGUAGAGGCGAUGAGUAAAGGUUUUGAGGAGAAACGGGCAGCUUUAGCCCACAUGGAGGCCGACUGUGAGGCUUUGUCCAGGUUCGUGACCCCCGGAGAGGCUGGAAGUCUCAGAGCACAACUCAUCCAGAUGAUGCAGUGCUGGGAAGAGCUGAAGGAGAGAGUCGGGCAGCUUGGCGUACAGCUCAACCAGAGCGCCUCCUACAGGCAGAGAUGCAACGACAACCUCGAACAGGUCAAGAAAACAGUCAGUGAUCUUAAAGAGAAACUGGACUGUCAGAUCACAUGUUGUACAUCAUCAUCAGACGCCUACAGGAACCUCCAGGAUCACAUGGAGGUCUGCCGGGGCGCUGAGCAGCUGAAGCCCAGGCUGAUGGCUCUGUUUUCGGCCGCAAAGAGGUUUGGAGAGGGCAGCCAGCUGGAGGAAGAUGUGGAUGACCUCCAGAAGCAACAGACACAGUUAACAGGAAAGGCUGCAGAAAAACAGUCUACAUUAGAGAGCCUCCUAGCUCUGUGGCAAAGAUUUGAAAAGGAGACUUCGUCGAUGAGAAGCUGGCUGGACAGGUGUGAGUCUGUGUGCUGCCCAGACUCUGAGCUCCUCUCUGCAGACAAAGUCAAGCUUAGGAAUGAACUACAACAUGUGCAGGACAUGCAGGGGGAGACGCUGUCCUAUGAGGCUCUCCUCCAGGGUCUUGUGAAUCUCAGGCUCUGUCUGUACCCCACUGCACCUGAAACCUGUAUUCAAGAGCUCAGUGAUGAUCUCAUGCAGCUACAGCAGAGAUGCACCUCAGCACAGAACAGCAUAUCACACAGGCGUAAGCUGCUGGAGCUGCAGUUGGAGCACUUGGAGCAGUUUGAUGAGGCGCUGCAGGGCCUGACCCAAAGCAGUGAAAACCUUCUGUCUGGCUUGAGAAGCUCUUCCCAGGUUGAUAUUGCUGAUCUUGAGGCUGCAAUUACUAAGCUGAAGGAGCAUGAGACACAACUACAGGAGAAUGCGUCACAGAGAGAAAUUCUCAAUUCAAAAGAGUCCUCCCUGCUUUGCUGUUCCACCCCGGAGGCCCAGCAGCAGCUCCAGGGCUGGAGGGAGGACUGCCUACAACCCCUCAGUGAAUCCCAGCGCCUCCUGCUCCUCCGUCACGAGUGCCUUACUGAGCUGAAGACGUUCCUGGAGAAGCAUGGAGCAGCAACGAGGGCUGUGCGCCACCUUCAUGAGGCUGUGGAGGGCAGGGGGAGCUGGGACCGCUCCAAAGCUGAAGAGCUGCAUCGCGGCAUCGGGGAGGUGGCUAAAGACGUGGCCCGGCUAGAGGCAGAGGCGGUCGGGUUAGAUGGACAGCUAAGCAAGGCCCACCUGCACCUGUGUGGAGCAGAGUGGAGGGGCUCUAAAGAUGUGAGCCAGCCUCAGGAGAGGACAUCUUGUAGAGGACAGGUCGUGGCCCUCACACUGGCUCUGGAGGAGGUCCAGAGGGGCGUGGGGUGGAGGCAGAGUGAAGCAGAUGCUUUAGGGGCCCUGUGGAGCUCCUUCAGAGAGAGGAGGGAGGAGGUGAUGAAGAAUUUAAAGAAACUGGAGGAAGAUGCAAGACAGGAAAGGACCAGAGAGAACUCUGUGCAGGCCUUUCAGAACAGGCUGCGAUUCUUUGUCCAGCUGGAGGAUGAGCUCCAGUCCCUGCAGCACUCCCAGCGGUGGUUAGAAGAGAAGGGGAACCAGCUGGCCCGGAGGGACAGCGAGCUGGCAGGAGAAGCUCUGAGGGAGGUAGCGCUGGUAAAGACAGCCUGGGAGAACGUCAGCUCGCUGAUCGCCAGCAGUCAAGAACAGAGUGUCGCUGUGGUGGAUCUUCUCCGCCAGUUCUACCGCUUGAAGUCAAUCCUCACCACGGUGGUGGAGAAUGCUCAGGCUGUGGCCUACAAUCUACCCGACCACAACCACAACGCUCUGGAGGCUAAACGCACUUUUACACAACAUGAGACCAUUCAGGCUGAGCUGAGAGAAAAGCAGGAAGACAUGGAUCUGCUCAUCAGCACAGUGGAAGACCUGCAGAGAGACCUGGACAAGGUUCCCAACUCUGAUAUGGGCUCCAUCCAGAGAGACAUGGAGACACUCAGAGAUCAGUGGCUGCUGGUCUCAGAGAAGAUACAAACCAACACAGAAAGACUGGGCUACUGCGUGGCGCUGUGGGACGACCUUAGGGCCAUGGAGCAGGACAUCAACCAGUGGAGCGCCCCGUCCAUCGCUGACCUCACCGACACCGUCACCAGUCUGAGCAACAAGGAGAAAACAGAGGCCCAUCUUGCCACCUUCCAGGCUGAGGUUGAAAAGAGGGAGCAGAGGCUGGACGUCCUGCAGGAGAGAGUGACGGAGCUGAAGGAACGAGCCAAACUGCAAGAAACCCCGUUACAGAUGCAGGUUCUGGAGUCAGAUCUGAGGAAGAAAAUGACCCAUGCGCAGGAAGUGUACAAUCAGGCCAAACACACUCUGACCUACUUCAGCUUCCAGAAGCAACGACUGGAGGACCUCAUGUCCCAGAUGGCCGAGCGGCUGGAGGCGGUCGAAGGUUCCUUAUCUGAUCUCACCGAGGCUACUUCCCUCGAAGACAUUAGCACAGUGAAGGACCUGCAGAGUGUCGUACAGCAACAGAGGGAAGACAUGGAUUCAGCCAGAGAUGCCCUGACCGCCCUGUGCAGAUCCCAUCCCUCCCAGGAGCUGUCACGCCUCUCCACUGAUCUCACGUCUAUCGCCAAGCGAACAGAGGCUGUUGCCCAGCGCUGUAACAAGACCCGGGGAACCCUGCAGGACGGGCUACAGCUCCACUUCAACGAGCUUGUCCAAGACUUCCAGUCCUGGCUGACUGAUCUGAAGUUGGAGCUGAAAGAGUGUUCUAACCAAUCAGGAGAUGUCGCCGUCCUUGGAGCCAAGUUGCAGCGGCUGAAGGUGUGUACUGAGCGGACACCAGAGGGUGAGGAGCGUCUCUCUCAGGUUUGUGAGGAGGCCAAGAAGCUCCAGCUCCAUCUGCCCAAAGCUGGAGCAGCACAGGUCCAAGACAAUCUGUCCUUCUGUCAGAGAGAGUGGAGGAACUACCUCGACAGCUGCUCUCAGAACCAGCAAGACUUGGAAGAGAGCAUUGACCUUCUGAAAAAUUUUGAUGACUGUGUGGAGGGCAUCAGAGACUGGCUGAAGCAGAUGGAUCUCAGCCUCCAGAGUGAGCCUGUUCUUGGUGUGGAAAGCCAGCAAGGAGCCCCAGAUGCCACAGAAGAGCUUGAGAGGAUGGAAAACCUGCAUAAGGAACUGAUAGCAAGAAGGGAAUCUAUCGAGCGCCUCUGUCAGGAGGCUCAUGCUCUGUCAGAGGCCGGCCGGGGGUCAGGAGGAGAGGUCAGAGUGACAGGCCAGCUCCAGAUGGAGCACCAGGCCCUGCUGAGAGCAGCCAGGGAGAGGCUACGAGGCUGCCAGGAGAGCCAGGCCUUUGGUGAGACCCUCCAGGGAGUUUGGGCCUGGCUGGAGGAGAUCCAGGAGCGACUGGGUACAGUAGACAGCACGAUGGGGACCAAAGAGCAGCUAGAGCAGAGACUGGAGACUGUGCAGGACAUCCUGCUGUUGAAGGGAGAGGGGGAGGUGAAGCUGAACAUGGCGAUGGGUAAGGGUGAGCUGGCCCUGCGCAGCUAUGGAGCUGCCGGACAGGAAGUGGUCCGCUCUCAGCUUCAGGAGGUGGAGGAUGCGUGGGCCACACUGCUUGUGACUGCCAUGAGCUGCCACAGUCGACUGGAGUGGACGGUGUCUCAGUGGGGAGGAUAUCUGGAGAGUGCUGCCCAGCUGCGGUGCUGGAUGGAGGCUGUAGAACGGGAGGUGUGUGCCCCUCUCACGCCCCAGCCAGGACCCAGAGAAAAGGCAUCACAGCUGGAGAGACUUAGAGCCCUGCUGGCUGACCUGGAAGACCACCAGAUGGCGCUAUCCAGCCUGGAAGAAAAAGCCAGAGAACUGUUCAAGAAAACUGGCGAUGCCAGCUUUAACCACGGCGCUCGCACCCAGCUGCAGGUGCAGUUCGAUGACCUCACAGCUUUGGUAGAGGAGAGAGUACGUUUGGCACAGGCAGUGGUGUUGGAGCACCAGGACUACCUGGAGGCUGUCAGGGAGCUCACUGAUUGGUUGAUGACUGCAGGGGAGGAGCUACAGCAUUGGUCGGAUACAUCAGGAGACUCUGCCUCCAUCAAAAAGAAACUGUCAGAAGUGAGGGAGCGUGUGGAGUGUCGCCUCUUGGAGGGCCGAGACCGCCUCAGCCGGGUACGUCGCAGUGCAGCGUCCACAGCGGAGCACACGGCAGCAGGAGGCUGUGAGGCCAUGGAUCGGCAGCUGGGGGCGCUGUCACACGCUCUGGAGCAGUGGGAGGGGGCUGCCCUGAGGGCCAGGGACGGCCUGGAGGGGGCCUUGGCUGCCGCUGCAGCUUUGGAAGAAGAAUACGAUCGUCUGACGGCCAAACUUGAGGACGAGUUAAAAGAGUUAGAUGGACGGCUGAGGGGGUGGAGUCAGGAGCUGGUUAAAGCUGAAGGGCGGAGCAACGGCGAGGAAGCAGUGGAGGGAUGGCAGCUGGCUAAGGACGUACUGGAAGGCUUGCAGAGCGCUGAGCCCAUGGCAGAGAAGUUGAAAGGCCAACUGAAUGACCUGGUGCAGUACUCCAGAGACCUGGGCUCGCAGUCGGACCGGGUCACUGCGCUCAUCAAACAGCACAACAGUCUCAGUCUCCGUGCAUCCAGGGAGUGUCAGAAUAAGGAGCGCCUGCUGGAGCAGAGGUUCCGUGCAGCUCUGAGAGAUUUCCAGCAGUGGUUGGUCAAUGCCAAAAUCAGCACCGCCAAAUGCUUCGAUGUGCCACAGACUGUCACAGAGGCCUCCACCGCUUUGCAGAGGAUUCAGGAGUUCCUGAGUGACAGGGAGAAUGGCCAGGCCAGGCUGAGUACAGUAGGAGCCAGUGGGGAGCUGCUGAUGGCUGUGGUGUCCAAAGACCGAGUGGAGGGAAUCAAGGCCAAAGUGGCGAAUGCUCGGGAGGACUGGAAGAGCCUGAUGAAUAACCUGCAAAUGAGAGAAGAUGCACUCAAGAACCUGCAGGCCCAGAUGACAGAGUUUGAGGCCAGUGCUGAGCCUCUGCAGGACUGGCUGAACAUCACAGAGGUCCGAGUUCAGGAGAGCAGCGCUCGCCUCCACGACCUUCCAGCCAAGAGACAGGAGCUCAGCAAACUCCAGUGCGUACUGGACGAGAUGGCCAGUCGAGAGGUAGAGCUGGGCAGGCUGAGGGAAAGAGCUCAUCGUCUCUGGGAGGGACAAGCAGCCGGCAAGGGCUUCGUCCACAGAGUAUCUCAGCUGUCGGCACAAUACCUAGCCCUCAGCAACUUAACCAAGGACAAGGCUUCCAGGAUUGAGCGCAUCGUAGGGGAACACCGGCUCUUCUCUCAAGGACUUAAAGAGCUGCAGGACUGGGUGUGUGAGGCUCAGAGGGUCCUCAACACCUGCAUCUCCACCACGACAGACAAGAGUGUGUUGGAGGACCGUAUGCUACAACUCGAGGCCUUACUAGCUGCCCGUCAGGAGAGGGAGAUCCAGCUAAAGAUGCUCCUGACGCGGGGGGAAGCAGUCCAGAGGAACACUUCGGCUGAGGGGGUCCCAGUAAUUCGUAAACAGAUCCAGGACCUCAAGGACUCUUGGGACUUGUUGCUUUCUGCCUCAAUCCAGUGCAAAAGUCAGCUGGAAGGCGCUCUGUCGCAGUGGACCAGCUACCAGGAGGACGUGGAUCAGUUUGUGCUGUGGAUGGACCGGGUGGACGAGACGCUCAGCUGCUCAGACAGACAGUACUCUGAGAUGAGAGACAAGACGGCUAACCUGGGGAAGACCAAGCUUCUCUAUGAGGAAGUCCUGAGUCACAGCAGUCCUCUGGAGACCAUUGCCACAAAGGGUUCCAACAUGGCUGAGCACUACACCACCCAGCAAGAGGUGCAGCAGCUUCACUGCAGAUACAACGCCCUCAAAGAGAAGGCCAAGAAUGCAGUUAGUAAGGCCAAGGGGCUGGUGCUGGUCCAUCAGGAAUAUCAAAGGGGCUUGCAUGUGUUUGAGGACUGGCUGGAGCAGGAGCAGGGCUCUCUGGCCUCGCUGUCUCAUCCAGAGGGAAACGUGGAUACACUUGAGAAAGCACUGCAACAGCUACAGAUCCUGCAGGAACACUGCUCAAAUGGCCAGUCGCUGCUCUCAUCUGUGCUGACGAGCAGAGAAACAGUCAUCCCCUGGGGCAUACCUCAGAUUGAGGACCGAGCCCUGGACACUGCUCAGCGAGAGUGGGGGGCUUACCAGAGCCGCCUGGAGGAGACUCAGGCCCAGCUGCGCUCCACGCUGACCCGCCUCAGGCAGAUGGGCCAUAGGUUCCUCAACCUGGCUCAGUGGCUGGAGGAGAUGGAGAAGGUGGCGAAUAUCAGAUGUAAUCGGAGGUCCGACAGAACCACCAAGCAGAGUCAGCUGAAGAAACUCCAGGGCUGUCUCGAGGCUGUGCUUGCACGGCAGGGAGAAGUUGAUGGCCUCUCAACUCUGGCCCAGCAGGUUCUGGAGGAAACCUACAUCAGCAGCCGUGUCAGCGUUACUGCCACCCAGCUCACUGCCCGCUAUCACUCCCUGCUGCUCAACAUUCAGGACACAAUCAAGCAGCUACAGGAGGAGCUGAGGAGCAUUGAGGAGGCAGAAAACCUCUGCAUGUCCUUCACUGAGUGGCUCAGCUCCACUCAGAAAAGCUUUGCAAUAGUAACGGACACUUCUGAACCUCUGGACCGGGUUGCCAUGGAGAAGAAGAUGAAGAAACUGGAGAAUCUCCAGUCGGAGCUCCAGCAUGGCCACAGCUUCCUGAAAUCCCUGAGGGAGCGUGCCGAGCAGGCAGCCGGCUUCCUGAACGAGGCUGGAGCUGAAAGUUUAGGAGGAGAGGUCGAGGCAUGCCUUGCCCAGCUGGAGGAGCUAGCGGGGGGACUUAGGCAGGAGCGCAGCUUCCUGGAGCGGGCAUUACUGCUCGCUAAGGAGUUCCAGGACCGGUACAAGGCUCAGGCUCAGUGGCUGGUGGAGACCAGGGCUUUGCUCAGCACUCCAGUGGAGCCCAAGGCUGAACUGUACCAACGGAGAGCACAGCUGGCUAAGUAUAAGGCUCUGCUGCAGAUGAUUCAGUCCCAUGAUGGCUCCAUCAGAUCAGUGGUGGAGAAGGGAGAUGCUCUGCUGGCUUCCGUCCACUACCCCUCCAUCAGAGAUAAAAUGAACAGACUGCAAAAAGACUACACCGUGCUCUGUAACGCUGCCAUGGGCCAUGUAGAGAAUCUGGAGGGGCAGGUGAAGGAACAGGAGCUUUACCACAACGAGCUCCAGGAAGUGGAGCGCUGGCUGCUGCAGAUGUCCAGCAGGAUGGUGACUCCUGAUCCCAGCGUGAGCGGCAGCCUGGAGGCAGCCACUCAACAACUGGCCAGGCACAAGGCCAUCAUGGAGGAAAUUGCAGGCUUUGAGGAUCGCUUGGCAGGCCUAAAAGAGCGAGGAGACCACCUGGUACAAGGCUGCAGUGACCGUGUGCAGAGCAGGCUGAGACAGCAGGUCCAGGCUCACCAGCAAGGCACCAGAGACAGCUACUCUGCCAUCUGUAGCACAGCACAGAGAGUAUAUCAGAGUCUGGACCAUGAGUUACAGAGACAUGUGAGUCUGCAGGACACGCUGCAGCAGUGCCGGACGUGGCUGAACUCUGCUUCAGAAGAGCCAGUGCCUCCUUUACAUCCUUCUCUCAGCCUGGAGGAGGCUCUACAGCAGGUGAAGCAGGAGCGGGCUCUUCAGGAACAGGCCAGCACAUACCUCCAGCUGGUGUGUUCCACAUGUGACCUGUCUGAGCCGAGGGUCAGAGGGACUGCAGCAGCCAUCCAGCAGGUCAAACUGCAGAUUGAGGAGCGUAUGCUUCUUUGUGAAGAGCUAGCAGACAGCUGGAGGGACAUCGAGGAGCAGAAGGCAGAUCUGGAGACCCAGCUAAGAGAGACAGAGCAGCAACUUCAGAACCUCACCAGGAGACCUGCAGAGCUAGAGCCCAAGAUAGCUCAGAACCAGCUGGACAAGGCACAGGAGUUCCUCCAGCAGAUUAAGGAAAGACAAUCUGAGGUGACACGUUUAAACGACACCGUCAGUAGGCUGACGGAUGGACAGGUCUCUCCUGCCCUGGAGGACAUAAGGAGACUGAAAAGAAGCUGGAUGGACCUGGGCCAGCGGGCUGAUGAGCUGGAGGCCCAGCGGGGGGAAGACAUGCAGCGAAGUGGAGAGUACCAUGAGAGUGUUGUGGCUGUGGAGGAGCUCUUCCACCAAGUGUCCAGAGAAUGGGACUAUCUGGCCAGGGCUAACACAGAGAGUACCAGUGAGCAUCUAGAGGCUCUGAGGAAGCUUGCCAGUGACCUUGAGGAUCAGAGAGACACUCUAGAAGACCUGAGGGACCAGAGACAAGCUAUCCUACCUCGGCUUAGCCUGCUAGACAAGGAGCUGGUCAAACAGCAGGUGGGUCACCUGGAGCAGCGCUGGGCCCAGCUCGAGACUCUGAUUCAGCAGAAGAUCCAGGACUCUGCACAGACACUAGAGGAUCUUGCCCGAGUGGAAACCCAGCUAAGAGAUGCCAGAGAGUGGGUGGAGGAACAGCGGCCUGCCUUCACCUCUGCCCUGAAAUCCAGCCCACCUCCUGAUCUGGCCCAGAGUUUCCUGUUUGACCACCUGAGCGUGUGUGUAGAACUUGAGGCCCGUCAGCAGCUGCUUGGUCAGGCGGUGAGCGAAGCUCAAGCUGUAGCGUCAAGGCUGGGGCUGAGUGAGAAGAGGUGCCUCCAGGAACUUGUUGAACAAGCCCAGACUGAAGUGGAGGCUCUCGGGGCUCGGGUUGCCCAAAGGAGGAAGUACCUCAGUAAGGCCUUCACAGAGAGGACACAGUUCCUUCAAGGCCUUGGGAGAGCGCUGUCCUGGGUACAGCAACAGGAGAGGAAGGCUUUGAUAGAUGACCACAUCGCACUUCUUCCCGAGGACCUGGCCAAACAGGUUGCUGCAUGUCGGGGUGUCCAGAGUGGCCUACGAGCUUACCAGAGGGAGCUGGCGUCUCUCUGGGUACAAGGGCGAGAGCUGGAGAGAGAUGCCACUGAGAAAGAGAGAGCAGAAACCCUGGCGAGACUGGAGGAGCUACAGGCUGCCUUUGAAACUGCCCUACAAAGGACCACCCAGCGUCUCACAGCCUUAGAGAAAGCCUUGACCUCCAGGAAGUACUUCCAGGUUGACCUGGACAAGACUUGCCACUGGCUGAGACGAGCGGACGCCAUAACCUUCCCUGAAAUCAAUUUAAGUGGUGCUGACGAUAGCUCAGACUUACAGACACAGCUGUCUAACUUUCAGAAGGUCCUAGAACAAGCCUCAGAGUAUGAGAACCUCCUUCUUAUCGUCCAGAGAAUAGGUCAGGAGAUCCUCCCGACUCUGAAUGAGAUUGACCAUUGCUACCUGGAUGAGCGGCUCAAUGCCCUGCCUCAGCAGUACAAUGCCAUCCUAGCUCUAGCCAAAGAGAAGAAAGACAGAGUCCAACAGAUGAUCUUAGAGAGAAAAGAGUUCAGCACUUUCUUUGAUAUUACUCAUAAUGCACUGGAGGAGCUUCAGGAGCAGUUUGACAAUCUGGAGAAGCAGACUAUCAGUAUUAGAGAGGAGGAAGUUGUUAGAAUAAUUAAUGAAUACAGAAAUAUUAGUGAAAGUUUGCUCCACAUUAGUCCUGCUGUGAGAGAAAUUCAUGGAAAAAAUGAGGGGCUUCUCAGUAGAGGUCAACAGUACAGAGCUGAAGAGACACAGCAGCUCCUCAGCCUCCAAAACACACUGAAGAGAAGAACUGAUGAGAAGAUUAAACACCUCAUUGAUUGCUUGAAAAUCCUGACUGAACACCACAGAGUAUUAUCUCAGUUAGACUCAGAGUUAAAGUCUGGUAAAGAGAAGCUGGUCCGACUGAAGGUGAACAAAGAUCUAAGUGCCACAGAUAGAAUCACAAGUCUUUAUUCGCUGUUGGGAAGUCUGGAUGAAGUGACCUCUCAGGCUGAAGAAUGUACCAAACGCACACAAAAGCUUGAUGUGAAGUUUGAUGCUGCUGCUUUCCAGGAGACUGCGCUCCAGCUCAGAGCGUUGCAGGCUUUACGGUGUGAUGUCAGGCGUUUUGUUGAAGAAAGUGAAAUGACAGCCACAAAGCAGGACAGUUUCACAGGAGACGCCGAGGAAAUGCCUCACUGGUUGAAGACUAUCAAGGACAAGCUGAAGGAACCGUUGACCUUCUCAGAGGUCAAAAUCGAGCGGAUCCAGGAGGAAGCACGGAAACUGAAAAUCCUGGACGAUGAAGUGAAAAGCAGGUUGAGGCUGGUUGAGUUCUUGGGUAACAGAGAAAAGCAAAAGCAUGAAUGUAAGAGAGAAACUGUUCCUGCCCAUGUAGAUGAGAAGCUAGACGAGCUGGGAAAGCUGGGAGCUGAAGUUCAACAAGACAUCGGUGCAACACAGCUGGCUGUGGAUCGAGCUCUUUCCCUGGUCCAGAGGCUCCACUCAUCACUGCAGUCCAUGCAGAAAUGGCUGGACUCUGCUGAAGCUCUGCUCCAGAGAGUCCGCUCGGGAGUGGAGCUUGAGAACCAGACAGACUGUGAGCGGGAACUGGAAGAACUUUCUGCCCAGCAGAAGGGCUCCAUAGCUGCUUUAGAGGAGCUGAGGCAUUUGGACCCUCUGCUGGUGGACUUUGUGGAAGCAGGAGUGAUGAGUGGGCUCAGAGAAAAAGUUCAGGCAAUGCAGCUCAGAAGCACAGAAGUCACACAGCAAGUGGAUUCUUACAGAGAGGUGCUGCAGAGGUGUGCAGCUCUAUGGGACUCCUUCCAACAUGAGAGAGAGACGCUGGUCGAACAGAUGAAUGAUUCAGAGAGCAAGAUGACCAUGUUCACUACAGCUAAAGCUGUCAGUACCAGCCAGGCAGAGGACAAGUGCCAGCGAUACAGGUCUCUGGUGGCUCGUAUUGACCUGCUGGAGUUGCCUCUGAACGCUUUGAAAGAGAACGCAACAGAGUUGGAGCAAAUCAUCUCUGACUCCAGCAAAGCUGUCACCAGUCACGCUGUGUCAUCACUAUGGCAACGCUGGACCAGGCUCCGAAGUGUGGCCCGAGCCCAGGGGAGGGCGCUGGACGACACCGAGAGAGAGUGGAGGAACUUCAUAGAGAAGAUGGAGAAAGUGCGAUCUGUGUCCAAAGGCCUCCACAGUCGUGUCCCGGACAGCACAGUCGAGAAGGCAGCCACCAGGGCGGCGCUACAGAGUCUCCUGGAGUACCACGACUCUUUCAGCCUGGAGGUGGAGAGGGAGCAGUCCAUGCUGGCCCUGCUCGGGCAACAGAUCCGCAUUCUCAGAGGGGAGCAUGAGAGAGAAGAUGUGAUGGAGAAAGAGACGGAGAACGGACACGAGGAGACGCCGUGUCUUCGAGAGAUCCGAAGCAUGCAGGAGCAGUACGACAGUCUUGUAUUGCAGGUGCGAGCCAGCAGGACUCAGGUGCAUCAGGAGUUAAGGGAGAGAGAGGAGGUCGAAAAAGAGCUGGGCUUAGUCAAAGGCUGGAUCCAAGACACCCGUGGUUUAUUGCUGAGUCCCACUGCAGACCUCGAUUCACUGCUGCAAGAGCUCGAGACUGCACACGGUGAGGUCAUCAGCAGGCGUCAGAGUGUGGAGCGUAUGACCGAGCUGCAGCAGUCCAAGUACCAGGACCUCCAAGCUGGUCUGCCCUCUGAGCUCAGCAUGCAGCUAGCUGAGGUGACUCUGGCUCUGGGCUCUGCUGAAGAUCAGGUGCAGGCAAGGGAGAGAGAGGUGCAGCAGACCAGAGAUGUGAAAGAGGACUUCAGCUCCAGACUUCAGGACAUCGAGGCGAAGCUCAAGAACAUUGCUCUAAAAUUGGAAGACAAGGGUACCGACCUGGAGGAGGCCAAAGAACAGACCAAAGCUCUUUGUGAAGAGUGUGAGUCCUGUGGUUCCUCUCUGGCGGAGUUAGGAGUAGCUGUGCAGGAGUUUGGAGAGCAGAACCCUUUGCUGUGUAAGCAGCUGGGUGAUGCUGUGGCUAAGCUUACAGAGGUGCAGCGCCACACCACGCAGCAGGUCCAGGACAGAGCCAACGGACUGAAGAAGGCAGAGAGACAGGUGGAGGAAUAUCAGGGCAUGAAGGCAUUCAUUUUGAGCUGGACAGAAAAGGCUGAGUGUCUGGUCACCGGUAAUAUCAUCUGGAGCUCUGCCUUCCAGCUGCAGGAGCAAAUUCGAGCACACCAAGCUCUGCUGCGGGAGUGUCGAGGUCUCCAUGGUGACUUGGAGGCCAUGGCGGAAAGGGAGGGGCAGCUGGCAGAUGUGUUGCAGACGGCGAGGUGGAGCCAGCAGGUGAAACACCUCAGCAGACGCACAGAAGAGCUGCAGCAAACUGCCAAGACUCGCCUCCAGAGCCUGCAGGAUGCGGCUAAGGACAUGCUGCGUCUUGAGGCAGAGGUGAAGAGCCUCCAUGCUGCUGUAGACCAGAUCCAGGUCACGCUGGCUUCCCCUGACCUCAACAAGCUCAGCCUCAGAGAGCAGCUCACACAGAGACAGCGUCUGCUGGUGGAAAUGGAGGGCUUCAAGCAUCAGGUGGCUGCAGUACAGCAGUGUCAGAGCGCCCUCCGGCUGCCAGAGGAAGUAGUGGCCAGUCUGCCGAUCUGCCGCACAGCUCAAAGUCUGCAGCAAGAGGCCAGCCAGCUGCAGCAUACCACCAUUCAGCAGUGCAACAUCCUGCAGGAGGCCGUGGUGCAGUAUGAGCAGUAUGAACAGGAGGUGAAGAACCUCCAGAGAUUAAUAGAGGAAGCUCACCGCAUCAUUCAGGACCGUCCUGUCUCCACCAGUAACAUCCAGGAACUUCAGGCUCAGAUACACCACCAUGAGGAACUGGCCCAGAAGAUCCGUGGCUACCAGGAGCAGAUCGCCUCGCUCCACUCCAAGUGUAAGAUGCUGACAGUGAAGGCCAAACACGCCACCAUGCUGCUGACGGUCAGCGAGGUGGAGGGCCUUUCAGAUGGCAUGGAGGAGCUGAGUGAUGAGGAGCUGCCCAGCGCUGUGGCCAACACCGCCACGGCUGCCACCAAGCAGCUUCCUGCACACCCCUCUGUCGUCAUGAUGACAGCCGGCCGCUGCCACACACUCCUCUCCCCUGUGACAGAGGAGUCAGGGGAGGAGGGCACCAACAGCGAGGUCUCCUCUCCCCCUGCCUGCCGCUCCCCCUCUCCGGGGGCUAACACUGACGCUCCUCUUAACCAGGGUCGAGGGACACUAAACCGAGCACCACUGCAAGAACUCUACGACCCGUCUCUAGAAACCAGCGCUGCUAAUUUGGAUGACCUGCAGAGAUCCUGGGAAACACUGAAGAAUGUGAUCAGUGAGAAGCAGAAGAGCCUGUAUGAGGCUCUGGAGCGGCAGCAGCAUUAUCAGGAAUCUCUCCAGUCCAUUUCCACCAAGAUGGAGUCUAUCGAGGGGGCGCUCAAUGAGGGCCUGGAGCCCAACAAGACCCCUGAGAGCCAGAUGGCUGCACACCAGGCUCUGAUGGAUGAGAUCCUGAUGCUGCAGGAUGAGAUUGGUGAGCUACAGACGUGCUUCUCAGAGGAGCUGGCAGACAGCGACAGUGAUGGGGAGGCAGGUGACCAACUGGCCCUUCAGUCCACUCUCACCGUGCUGGGGGAAAGGAUGGCCACCAUACGCAUGAAGGCUUCUGGGAAGCGGCAGCUGCUGGAGGAGAAACUCAGUGAACAGCUGGAGGAGCAGCGACAGGAGCAGGCGCUGCAGCGGUACCACAGCGAGGCCGAGGAGCUCGACCACUGGCUGCUCAGCACUCGAGCUACUCUCAGCUCUGCUCUUCAGCCCCAGAGUGAAGACAUGGACAUGGAGGAGCAGCUCAUCGACUGUCAGAACAUGCUGUUUGAGAUCGAGCAGAAGGUGUCGUACCUGUCAGAGCUGUCCGUCCACAGUGAGAGCUUGUUGUUGGAGGGUCGGGCUGAAACCAAAGGAGAGGCGGAGCAGCUCUCCUUCAAACUGCGCUCCCUGAAAGACAGCCUGCUGGAGCUGCAGCAGAUGCUACAGGACAAGCAGGUGGACAUACAGGGUUCCCUGCAGGAGCAGGAGGACAGUGAGCCGGACUCGUCUCUGUCACAGAGUCCUAAUGUGCAGGACUGGCUGUCUCAGGCCCGCUCAUCACGCACACAGCAGCACCACGACAACCUGCUUCGACAGAGGGAGCUGCAAGAGCAAGUAGCUGAGCAGAGGAGGCUGCUUCAGUCAGUGGCCAGCGUUGGGGAAGAGCUACUGAGCCAACAGACCACGCCUAAUGGGGACAGUGAGGUCUCCAUCCCUGGUGGAGUGCUGCUGGAGACUGAGACCUUGUCUCCUCUGGACCAGCUGAGGCUGAGAUGGGAAAACCUAAAUAAAGAUCAGAGCACUAAACUGCAGCUCUCCCUCAGUUCCCUGGAGCAAGACCAGCUAAGCCCGGUUCUCCACCGGUCCCGUCUGUCCAGUCCCAGUGUGGUGUUCAGAGGCGCGCCUUCCAGCCAGGACUCUCGCUCUCCCAGAGCUUUGUUUGAGGCCUGCAGCCAGACCCUGGAACGAAUCGCCCAAGAGCCACCUGGCAGUGAGAGUAAAGUGGCAGAGUGCUUUGGAGAGGCAGCAGUCCAGCAGGACCUGUAUGCUGCAGUAUCAGCAGCCUCCACCUGGUUGGAUGCUGCUGAGAAUCAGCUGCUGUCUGGUCCUGUGCUGCUGUCUGAGGACACAGAGACACAACUCUCAAAUCUAGAGGGUCUGAACAAGCAGCUGAAGGAGAUAGGCAGGGAGGUGAACCAGUGCAGAGACCUGCUGGGUGGAGGACAGGGCCGGCUGUGUGGAGGAGAGGAGCGAGCUCUGAUGGAAGACACACUAGAGGGCCUGCAGGAGAGGAUGGGCCUGCUGGACUCUGCCCUGGAGCAGCACUGUGACGGCAUGAGGGACCGGCUGCAGGAACACUCAACCUUUCAGAAUGAACUGAGGCUGCUGUUCACAGCCCUGACUGAAAGCAAACACCUCCUGCUGCAGAAGAUGGCUGGAACUGUAGACAGACCUGCAUCCAAACAGAUAGAGACGUUGUCAGAGGUGGAAGAAACUCUGAGGGAGUUUGAGCAGAGAGUGACUGAGCUGAAGUCCAGAGCAGAGGCACUCCAGUCUGAUCAAAGCUCCAACCAGGAGCUACUCAAACUACAGGAUGCAUAUGAGGAGCUGGUGCUCAUGGUGGGCUCCAGACGGAGUAGCCUGAACCAUGGCUUGUCUCUGAAGGCUCAGUAUGAAGCUGCCCUUCACGACCUCACUGACCUGGUGGACACCGCUCAGGAUAAGAUGGCUGCUGACCAAAAGAUGACAGUAGCAUCUGUCAUAGAGGUCCAGAUGUUACUGGACAAGCACAAAGAGUUUUUCCAGGGCCUGGAAUGCCAUAUGAUCCUCACCCAGACAUUUUAUAGUAAAGUGUCCGGUCUAGUGGUGCAGAGGGAAAGCCAGGCCCUGGAGGAGACCAUGGCUUUAGCUCAAAGUGUGCUCAAACAGGCCCACAGGAGGGGCGUGGAGCUGGAGGGCAUCCUGGAGUCAUGGAGCAGGCUCGUAGAAGACUAUCAGGCUCUGUGCAGACAGCUGGAGGCUGUGGAGUGUAGCAUCCCCACUGUAGGUCUGGUCGAGGAGACGGAGGAGAGGCUUGUUGAAAGGAUCAGUCUGUACCAGUGUCUGAAGGCCAGCCUGACAGAGCAUCAGCCCCAGCUGUACCAGGUUCUGGAGGAGGGCAAGAAGCUUCUUCUGUCUGUUGGCUGUUCAGACUUGGAAAACCAGCUGACACAGCUGGGAGAGCACUGGCUCUCCUCCACGACGAAGGUCAACAAGGAGCUGCACCGCCUUGACUCGACACUCAAACACUGGAGCAGAUACCAGAGCGAGUCGGCAGAGCUGAGCCACUGGCUGCAGUCGGCUCUGGACAGACUGGAGUUCUGGACCACGCAGUCAGUGACCGUGCCUCAGGAACUAGAGACCGUCAGAGAUCACCUCUGUGCCUUCCUGGAGUUUUCCAAAGAGGUGGAUGCUAAGUCAUCUUUACGUUCAUCUGUGCUAAGCACAGGCAACCAACUCCUGCGCUUGAAGCGAGUAGACACAGCUGGCCUUAGGACGGCACUCGGCCAGAUCGACACUCAGUGGGCUGAGCUGCUGACUCGUAUUCCUGUCGUCCAAGAGAAGCUGCACCAGCUGCAGAUGGAGAAGCUGGCAUCACGACAUGCCAUCACCGAGCUGAUGAGCUGGAUCUCUCUCAUGGAGAACAUCAUAGAGGAAGAUCAGGACAAGAUCAUGGGAGCUGUGGGCUCAGAGGUGGUUCAGAACUUUUUGCAGAAAUACAAGGGUUUCCGCAUCGAUCUGACCUGUAAGCAGCUGACUGUGGACUUUGUGAACCAGUCAGUGCUGCAGAUCAGCAGUCAGGAUGUGGAGGGAAAGCGCAGUGACAAAACAGACUUUGCUGAGAAGCUGGGAGCUAUGAACAGACGGUGGCAGAUACUUCAGGGGCUCAUAGCUGAAAAGAUUCAGCUUUUGGAAGGACUUGUGGAAGGUUGGUUGGAGCAUGAAAAUGGAGUCCAGGCCCUAAAAACCUGGCUCACAUUACAGGAGGAGAAACUGAAGAAGAGACACAGGAUAGAGGAUGUAGCAUCAGUACAGAACGCACUGAAAGACUGUCAGGAGUUGGAAGAAUUGGUGAAGGAAAAAGAGAAGGAUCUAGAGAAAGCAGAGGAUCGAGGAAAUGCUCUCAUCCAGAAUAAGAAAGGUGCAGCCUGCUCGGUUGUAAAGGAGACCCUCAAAGGACUGAAUCAGUCCUGGGCUCAUUUGGACCACAUGAUAAGUCAGAUGAAGGUAAGCCUGCGGUCCGUGCUGGAGCAGUGGACCUUGUACCGGCGAGCUUCAGAGGAAAUUAAUGGUUACCUGAUGGAGGGAAGGUAUUCUGUGUCCAGGCUGCACCUCCUCAAUGGAUCUCAAGAGGCGGUGCAGCAGCAGGUGGAGAGCCUGGAGAACCUGCAGGAUGAGAUGGAUAAACAGGAGAGCAGUUUGAGGAAGUUUGGCUCAAUAACGCACCAGCUACUGACCGAGUGUCACCCCUCCGUGGCUGAAACGCUCAACAGAGCACUCCAGGACGUCAACGUCAGGUGGAAUCAUCUACUGGAGCAGAUCUCAGAGCAGCUGAGGAGCAGCAAGGCCCUGCUGGGACUGUGGCAGCACUACAGGUCGUUGUAUGGCCAGUGUGUGACAGCAGUUCAGAAACAGGAGGAACGAGCCGAUCGCCUGCUGAGGAGCGCCACUGACAGGGAGAUCACAGAGGAGGAGAGCAGCGCCUGGAUAAAAGACUGCAAUGAGUGCCUUGGUGACCAAGACCAAGUGCACCAGUCGCUCCAGCAGCUGCAGGCUUUAGGGGAACAGCUGAGGAGCCAAGUGGACGGCUCUUCCUCGGCGUCCCUCCAGUCUGACCGCCUGUCACUUACACAUCGCCUGACAACCCUGGAACACGCCCUGCACAGGCAGCAAGAAGUCCUGCAGUCUGGAUCUCAGGCCUGUGAGGGCUUCAGGGAGCAGCUGGACACACUGAUCUCUAAGGCUGCAGAGGCAGAGGAGGUGCUGAAGGAGUCGGACUCAGUGGACUCGCCGGAGCUCACUGUGGUCCAGACACGCAUCGAGAAACUCAAGGUUCACCUGUUGAAGCUGAGCAGCUUAUCUCCAGACCUGGAGCGUGUUAACGAGCUGGUGUACAGGCUACCGGUCAGUGACAGAGAUGUUAAACGGCUGCAGAGUCUGAACAGAGCCUGGGCCACUCACUCUGCUCACCUGACCGAGAGGCUCAGUAAACUGCAGUCAGUGUUGCUCCAGCAGCAGAGUUUCCUUCAGAAGUGUGAGGCCUGGAUGGACUUCCUGUCUCAGACGGAACACAAGCUGGCUGCUGAGAUUUCAGGAAACUACCAGAGUCUGCUGGAGCAGCAGAGAGACCAUGAGUUGUUCCAGGCGGAGAUGUUCAGCAGACAACAGAUUCUUUACUCCAUCAUCAGUGACGGGCAUCAUUUGUUGGACCAGGGACAAGUGGAUGACAGCGACGACUUCAGUGUGAAGCUAGCGCUGCUGAGCAAUCAGUGGCAAGGUGUAGUCCGACGGGCCCAGCAGCGAAGAGGCAUCAUCGACAGUCUAGUCCGCCAGUGGCAGAACUACCGGGAGAUGGCAGAAAAGCUGCUGCGCUGGCUUCAGGAAGUGACCCGGGAUCCAGAUGUGCAUCAGCCAGGAGAACCAGUGGCACUGCAGCAGGCCCGAAACCUGCUGGAUCAGAUACAGCUGAGGGAGCGAGUGCUUCAAAGGCAGCAAGGAGGCUACAUCCUGACCGUGGAGGCCGGCAGGAGCCUGCUGCUGUCAGCUGAUGCUCGGGCUGAGUCCACCCUGCAGACAGAGCUGAUGGAGAUUCAGGAGAGGUGGAGGCAUGCCCACCACCGCCUGGACCAGCAGAGGAGGGAGCUGCAGGGUUUACUCAAGAACUGGGAGAGAUGUGAGAAGGGCAUAGAUGUGUCACUGGAGAAACUGAGAGCCUUCAAGAGAAAGCUGUCUCUGCCGCUGCCGGACCACCAUGAGGAGCUACACUCAGAGCAAAUCAGAUGCAAAGAGUUCGAGAGCAGUGUGGAGGGCUGGACCGAUGACCUUACUUCCUUGUCUCUGCUGAGGGAUUCCUUGGAGGGUGUGGUCAGCGCUGAUGACAUCACAGUCCUGCAGGAACGCCUCCAGCUGCUCCAGCGCCAGUGGGAAGAGGUCUGCCACCAGCUUUCCCUGCGCAUGCAGCAGGUGAGCGAGAAGCUGAAUGAGUGGGCCGUGUUCAAUGAGAAGAACAAGGAGCUGUGUGAGUGGCUCACACAGAUGGAGAGCAAAGUCUCUCAGAAUGGGGACAUCAGCAUCGAGGAGAUGAUUGAAAAGCUACGCAAGGACUACCAGGAGGAGAUCGGUGUAGCUCAGGAGAACAAGCAGCAGCUGCAGGUUAUGGGUGAGCGCCUGGCCAGGGCCAGCCAAGACAGCAAGGCGGCCGAAAUCCAGCACAAGCUCAGCAAAGUCAGUGAGCGCUGGCAACACCUGCUGGACCUCAUUGCUGCCAGGGUGAAGAAGCUGAGGGAGACCCUGGUAGCAGUACAGCAGUUAGACAAAAACAUGAGCAGCCUGCGUUCUUGGCUCGCUCACAUCGAGACCGAGCUGUCCAGGCCCAUCGUCUACGACACCUGUGACGACCAGGAGAUUCAGAGGAAGCUCAACCAGCAGCAGGAGCUGCAGAGGGACAUAGAGAAACACAGUACAGGUGUGGCGUCUGUGCUGAACCUGUGUGAAGUCCUGCUGCAUGACUGUGAUGCCUGUUCAACAGAGACAGAGUGUGACUCCAUCCAGCAGGCCACCAGAGGACUGGACAGACGCUGGAGGAACAUCUGUGCCAUGUCCAUGGAGAGGAGACUGAAGAUUGAGGAGACCUGGAGGUUGUGGCAGAAGUUUCUGGAUGAUUACUCCAGGUUUGAGGAUUGGCUGAAGACCUCAGAAAAAACAGCUGCCCUGCCGAACUCCUCUGGAGUUCUCUAUACUGUUGCGAAGGAGGAACUUAAGAAGUUUGAGGCCUUCCAGCGUCAGGUGCAGGAAUGUCUGACUCAGUUGGAACUCAUUAACAAACAGUACCGUCGUCUGGCCCGGGAGAACCGCACAGACUCCUCCUGUCGACUCAGAGAAAUGGUGCAUGAUGGGAACAGGCGAUGGGAUAACCUGCAGAAGAGGGUGGCCGCCAUCCUACGGAGACUCAAGCACUUCAUCAGCCAGAGGGAGGAGUUUGAGACGGCCCGAGACAGCAUCCUGGUGUGGCUGACGGAGAUGGACCUGCAGCUCACCAACAUCGAGCACUUCUCUGAGUGCGACGUCCAGGCCAAAAUCAAACAGCUCCGGGCGUUCCAGCAGGAGAUCUACCUGAACACGGGGAAGAUCGAGCUGGUGUUCAGGCAGGGCGAAGCUCUGAUCGAGAAGAGCGAACCUCUGGAUGCAGCCGUCAUCGAAGAGGAGCUGGAGGAGCUGCAGAGAUACUGUCAGGAGGUGUUUGGACGGGUGGACAGAUACUACAAGAAACUCACACGACUGCCUCUGGCAGAUGAUGAGCUCGAUGGUUCGGACAGAGAGCUAGAGAUGGAGGAGGGUGGAGAUCUGUCUGAGCUGCAGUGGGGCGACUCCUCUUUGCCCCGGACCUCCAGUCGUCCAGCGUCGGGCACAGCGGCACUCAUCCGGGCAGACCGCUCGGGCCGCGACACCCCGGCCAGCGUGGACUCCAUCCCACUGGAGUGGGACCACGACUACGACCUGAGCAGAGGUCUGGAGAGUCCUGGAGGACGAGGCAGCGGUGAGAGGAGCCGAGGUCCAGAGGAGGAGGAUGAGUAUCUGAGGACGGCUGCCACGGUGCUGUCAGGCGAGCCGGGUCAGCUGGAGGCCAGUCUGAGGCAGCUGGAUCAGGCUCUGGAUGCAGGACGGUAUCACCUGCAGCAGAGAGAGGUCACCGCCCAACGCUCCACCCCCGACAUCGACUCCACAUACAUGGGCUACAUGCGUCUGAUGGGAGAGUGUCGCGGGAGCAUCGAUGCAGUGAAGAGAGCAGAGGGAGAGCUGACCGAGGACGAGGACGACAUGCCGGGACUCACCAACCCCACCAGCCCAGAUAUGCAGAGCGCAGGAGUGAUCGAGCGCUGGGAGCUGAUCCAGGCUCAGUCUCUGAGUGAGAAGCACAGACACAAACAGAACCUGCCGCAGUGGCAGCAGCUGAUCUCAGAUCUGCAGACCAUGAGGGCCUGGUUGGGUCAGUCAGAAGCCGAACUCAGCCAGCUGCGAGGGCUCGAUCUCAGCACGGACAUCCACACCAUCCAGCAGAGGAUCAAGAAGCUCAAGGACCUGCAGAGGGGGAUGGAUGCCCAUAAGUCAGAGGUGCUUUCCAUCAACCUGAGCAGUGCAGAUUUCCUCCAAUCAGAGCCCGACUCUGAGGAAGCGUGGGAGCUGAGGGACCGGCUGAAAGAGAUGAACUCACGCUGGGAUCGACUCGGUGCCUCGCUGGAGGACUGGAGGGAAGAGCUGCAGACAGCCCUGAUGCAGUGUCAGGAGUUCCACGAGAUGAGCCACGGCCUGCUGCUGUGGCUGGAGAACAUCGAUCGCAGGAGGAACGAGGUGGUGCCCAUCCCACAGAAAGCAGAUCGAGAAACAUUACGGGCUCAUCACAAAACACUGACGCAAAUCAAGCGCGAGCUGGUGGACUCGCAGCAGAAAGUGUCGUCCCUUCAGGAGCUGUCGGCUCAACUGCUGGUCAACACCAAGCCUCAGACCGGGCUGCUGCAGCCGCAGACCUCGGAGCAGAACCGGGCUCAGGGCAGCGAGUGUCUGGAGGCCCAGGAGAAGGUCCAUGUGAUCUGGAACCGGCUUAGACUGCUGCAGAGGGAGGUCAGCUCAGACCUGGAGGGGCUGGAGAGGAGACUGGAGGCCAUGAACACACAGCAGGACUGUUUACCGUCACCUAUCGGCAAAUCCGAAGUCUGUGGACCUGCUGCUCGUGGUUCGGAGGUGAACGUCCAAAGUCGCAAGCGAUUGCCCCGAGGCAAAAGUAGUCAGGCCCACCCAGGACACCCUGAGAGCGGCCCACGCCACAGCCGGAGCAGAUCACCAGGCGCCGCUGGCUGCGCUUCCUCCCAUUCUGACCUCCCAGACGUCUCCUCCUCCUCCUCCUCCUCCUCCUCCUCCUCCUCCUCUAAGGACCCGUCCUUCCUGCUGCGGGUCUUCAGGGCCGCGCUCCCCGUCCAGCUGCUCCUCCUGCUCAUCAUCGGCCUGGCCUGCCUGGUUCCCAUGACGGAGGAGGACUACAGCUGCCACCACGCCAACAACUUUGCUCGCUCCUUCCAUCCCAUGCUGCGCUACACCAACGGACCUCCGCCCAUAUGAGGAGCAGCAGCUGAACUUAGCUCCCUAAGCUUUGCCAAGGACUCCACUGACUCCUGUGAAUGUUUCCUCUUCACCCUGUGCCCUACAGCAACACACUCUUGCAUUGUGAAGCGAUUCAGAGGUGACAUGAAGACUCCUUUCACGAACAUUGCUCACCCACGCUUCUGAAAUCACCUCAGCCCUUUAAAGCAACACUCUCCGGACCACCCUGGAGACCCCUGUUCCCAGUACAAAUACUUCUUGUCCUUUUAACUUAAAUGUGUAUAUUAUUUUUAAGGUUUCUGCAGAAGCCUGUGAAAUCAUUGAAGAACAAAGCACUAUUUAUAUACUGUAUGUUGGGAGCCAAAGUCCGCUGUGCUUUCUGUCCAUGAUAUCAGUGCUGCUACUAUUUAUUUAGUGUCCAAUCAGUUGGUAGAUGGUUAGCUGAAUCGCCACCGUGAGUGUGGACUAUUGUUCCUGUACAUUGUAGAGUAGACCUGCAGUCUGAGCAGCAGUUAUUCACAAUCUUAGCUGAGAAGAGUUUCAUUCCAAAACGACACAUCUGAAGAUCUGCUCGGACAAACGGGCUGAAGCUCAGCGGGAGUUCUAUGAAGGACGAGGUGCAGCUUCCUGUUUUCUUGUUUGACACGUUUCAAAAGCACCUGCUUGAAUUUGGAAAUGAAGUUUUUUUUUCGUGUGAUGUUAAAUUUACAGCACUGACGUGAACACUGUCGACGGUACUGCACUGAAGCCCUCCGGCCCAGACGGCCCACUUCUGUCCCCAAAGCCAAGGCUCAUAUUCCUGUUUUAGAUUUCAGUAUUUAAUCCUGUGGGGCAAAUACAAAGAACAGAUAAGCUCUCUUGUUUAAAAGAAUUCAACUGAUUUGUACAUUAUUGUUUUAAAUGCCUUUGAAUACAGUGAGUUAUUUUUUUAUCUUUCUUUCUGAGCAUGCACUUGAAGUCCCCUGCUUUGAAACAGGCCACCAAUCAGCGGUAGUGUUCUAGUGGACGGCUGUGACCUGGAACAGCGUGCUUUGUAAUAACUGCGAUAAUUAUUCAGCGGUGAUGAGAAACCAGAAUCACGGCGUCGCUAAACAGAAUCUGUAAAAAAAUGAAAUAUGACAAAUGGUUAUUUAUGUAUGUACAGUUUGCUAACGCCGACUUCAUGAAGAAUAGUCUCUUUGCAAAUAAUAAAACAUGAAGUAUUUAA